AUGUCGUCUACAUCUGGACAAUUUUUAAAUAUUCAUCAUAAUGGUGAAACAGAUCAAACAUCUACUUCAUUGGAUUUAUCCUCAGUUACAUCAUUAUCUCCAACGACUGAAACUGAUUUCAAUGCAACGGAUAAAUUAGAAUACUUAUCACAAUUACUUAAAGAUAAAAGACAACUUGCUGCUGUACCAAAUAUGUUUAUACAUAUUGAACGUUUACUUGAUCAAGAAAUAAACAAAAUUCGAUUCAAUUUAUUUAAUUCAAAUGCUAAUCCAAAAAUCAUUUUACCUGAACCUAAUGGAGAAAAAAAAAUAUUUCAAGAAAAAAUUUUCAUUCCAGUACAAGAAUAUCCUGAAUUUAAUUUUGUUGGUCGUAUUUUGGGUCCAAGAGGAAUGACAGCAAAACAACUUGAAGCUGAUACAGGUUGUAAAAUAAUGGUUCGUGGUCGAGGAUCAAUGAGAGAUAAACAAAAAGAAGAUCAAAAUCGUGGUAAACCAAAUUGGGAACAUUUAAAUGAAGAACUUCAUGUAUUAAUUCAAUGUGAAGAUUAUGAAAAUCGUGCAUUAGUUAAAUUAGAACGAGCUAAAGAAGAAAUAAAUAAAUUAUUAAAACCAACUGCUGAAGGUGAAGAUUAUUUAAAAAAGAAACAAUUAACAGAAUUAGCUAUUAUUAAUGGAACAUAUCGUGAACCAAAUUUAUUUUCAAAAAAAUUUCCAUUUCAAAAUCAUCAAAUACCAAUUGGUGCUCCAUUAAUCUUAACACCACGUAUACAACAAAAUUUUCUUACGACACAAAUGCAACCAAAUACAACACCAACUUUUUUUACAACAACUGACACACAACCAACAUUAAGUACUGUUCCACAAAGUUCACUUCUACAAAAUGGUGAAUCAAAUUUUGUUCAAUUAUUUACACCGUUACAAACGCUAGAUCAAAUCGGAGGUAUGUUAACUAGUGGUACACAUUUAUUUGAAUAUCCAAGUCAAACUGCAUUUCCUUUUCUUACGACGACAACAUCAACAGGUAUCAAAUAA